CGAUGUCUCUCAGCCUCUGCAGGGCAGUUAGCCGCAUUAGCUCCCUGCUUGUCCUCAGAUGACUCCUCCUCCUCCUCCUCUUCCUCCUCGGCUGUCUGCUGUAUCCCUGCCUCCCCCCUCCUCUUCCUCCCCUCCUGUGACACACCAGACGAUGCAUUGACUGAGCGGAGGAGAAGAAGAAAACCUCUCCCAGCCUGCCAGCCGUCCUGCCUGCUGCAUGGAGACGGAGAGGAGGAAGGGGAGCAGAAGGAGAACGUUGACCAGAACUCUGCAGGACCAGCUUGUUCACAGUUCUUCAUAGGAUCCUCCUGCAUCCCACCAGACCUGCUGCCGGCUCCUCAACCUCCUCAACCUCCCUGGGCUCUGACCUCAUGGAUCUGAAACCUUUGUCAGGACUCUUAUGCAGCAUUCCUGACACUUAACCACAUCCGGUGUUGACCCCUGCUCCAGUUUCCUGUCCUGCAGAGCGCGGCAUCCAUCAUGGCAGAGGGGCUGCUGCAGGUGGAGAUCCCAGACUUCGGCAGCAGCGUGUUGGGCAGCCUGAACGAGCAGCGGCUGCUGGGCCACUACUGCGACGUCUCCAUCCUGGUCCAGGGACAGGCCUUCAAGGCGCACCGGGCCGUCCUGGCGGCCUCCUCGCUCUACUUCAGAGACCUCUUCAGCUCUGUGGCCGACCCCUCCUCCUCCUCUUCCUCGCCGUCCUCCUCCCAGGCCGUCUUUGAGCUUCCGUCGUCGGUGACGCCGGCGUGUUUCCAGCAGAUCCUGUCGUUCUGCUACACCGGACGGCUCAGCAUGGCCGCCAGCGAGCAGCUGGUGCUCAUGUACACCGCCGGCUACCUGCAGAUCCAGAACAUCGUGGAGCGAGGCAUGGAGCUGAUGAUGAUGAAGGCGUCCUCCUCAUCCUCUCCUCUGUGCUGCGACUCUCAGACGACUUCAGCAGACGAGCUGGGGGGGGUUGAUGCCCCCGUGGCGCAGCAGCAGCACAGCGCCCCCCAGCUGCAGGAGGUCAGUCCUGACCAGCCGUCUCUGAGCCCGGAGGAGCUGCUGCUGGCUGUCAGCAGGAUCAAGCAGGAGAGAUCCGACACGCCUCCGGCCGAGGAGAGCGGAGGAGCAGAGGAGGCCAGAGUGGACGUGGAGCUGCAGUCCUCCAGGAGCGGCUCUCUGUGCUACCUGAGCGCAGGAGGCGGUCUGGUUCCGGGGCUGCAGUCCUACCUGCUGGCCGGCGCCGGACGCUCCAGUCCAGGAGGGUCCAGCGUCCCCGCGGACUCGCCUCCCUCCCAACCGCCGACCGAGGAGGAGCUGGAGGAGGAUUACUAUGGCAACGCAGUUCAUCCGGGGCUGUACCAGCACAUCUAUGGUCACACUGGAAACCCCUACAUUCAAGAAAAGCUGGAGCUGCUGCCCCUCCCAUUGGCUAACGAGCGCCGGCCCUGCGUUCUGGUUGGCCGGGACAACAUGGCGCUGCCCGCCAGCCUGAUCAGCCAAAUCGGCUACCGGUGCCAUCCGUCGCUCUACGCCGAGGGAGAUCCUGGAGAGAAGGUGGAGCUGGUGGCAGGUUCAGGUGUGUUCAUGACCAGAGGUCAGCUGAUGAACUGUCACCUUUGUGCCGGAGUCAAACACAAGGUGCUGCUACGGAGGCUGUUGGCCACUUUCUUCGACAGAAACACCCUGGCCAAUAGCUGCGGAACAGGGAUUCGCUCGUCCACCAACGAUCCGAGUCGGAAACCUCUGGACAACCGAGUGUUGAACACGGUCAAACUGUACUGUCAGAACUUUGCUCCCAACUUCAAGGAAAGUGAGAUGAACGUCAUUGCCGCUGACAUGUGCACAAACGCCCGCAGAGUUCGUAAGCGCUGGCUCCCAAAGAUCCAGUCGCUCCUCCCUGAUGGCUUGCCCUCCUCCGCAUCAUCCCAUCCCCGUAAGGGGAAGAGAGGAGGAGCAGGAGGAGCAGGAGGAGCAGGAGGAGCAGGAGGAGAGCGGCCCGGUGGCAGCCCCUUUGAGCUGGACUUGCGGCAGCUCAGCGCCUCCUACCUCAGCCUGGAGGCGCCGGUCUACACGGAGCGCCGUGAGAGGGAGGCGGCAGGGGAGAAGGAGAAGGAGGCCCACCUUCCUCACCUGCAGUUCGCCGGCUCCCGGGGAGGAGAGGGGGGGCCGGAGGAGGAGGAGGGGCUGAUGGGGGGGGAGACAGAUGGGGAGGAAAGGCAACAGACUGAACAGCCCCCAAACCUGCCCCUCUCCCUGUCCUCCUCCCUGUCCUCCUCUUCCUCCUCCUCACACCCCUCCCCUCAGCCUGCAGAGCCCGCCCCCCCUCACAGGGGAUUGGCUGACACAGAUAUGAGGGGGGAGGGGCCUACGGAAGACAGCCAAUAAGCAUCCUAAUGCAUCUGCCUACCUGUCUGUAAAUAAAACAAUAGCUACCUGGC